AUGGAAGAAUUAAAUACAAGAGUAGAAGCAAUAGAAAAGGCAAUCUUCAACGAAAACGAAAAUUACACAGAAGGAAAUUCGAACCAAAAUGAAAUGGACGAAGAUGAAGAAACAAUAAAAUCAGUAGUAAACCAACUCGAAAAAGAAACAAAAAAGAAGUUACAACAAUCAACAAUACCUGUGAAAUUUUUGCGAAGAACACUUAUUAGAUAUAUUACUCUUACAAGAAACAAACCUAAUGGAAACAAGCAACAAUCAGAACUCUACCUUCUUCUCACACAUACACAACACCAAAAUAGGGGAGACUGGAACACUGUUCUGAACCUAAACAAAGACCGAGAAUCUUAUAUAGCAGCUAAUCCACCAAGAGAAAAUAACCAGAUACUUAAAACGCUUAAACAACUAGGGCUAACAGAUACAUACGAGUUACUAAGCAAUAAAUCACGUGGGGAAAAAAAUGAAUUCACGUAUAGCAAGAAAAUAAAUAAUAAUGUAGUAGCAGAGGCAAGACUUGAUCAAAUAUGA